UCGUAAUGCGUGCCAUCGGCACCAAGGACGAGAUGGAUGUAGCCGUUUGCGCACGCAUCAUAGCUACACAGUUCUUCACACUGCAUCAUAUGUUGUUUCAGCACAUAUGGAAUUGCACGUGUUUGAAAUGUCCAUGCUCCCGUCUCUACCGUCCCACUGUGCCUUUGUGCCUUGCAUGUGAAAUUGCCUUGACUGAGUUGCCCAUGUUCUUCGUCCACCGCGUGAGCGUGCCCGGGACGAGCACGCUGCUACAGCCUCGACGCCACGCUACCACGGUCGACGAGCCGCCUUCCUUCAUCGCCACGACGCCUCCUUCUUCCUUCGUCGCCAGUACACCGAUCCCUUCCCCGCCGCCGGUCGUUGUCGUCCAAACUGAUACGUCCACUCCGUCAGUCCAAGCUUCUCCUCCCGUCGUCACCAAGCUCAGUCGACGGUCGUCGGCGGCAUCUCUGAGCAAACCAACCUCCCAUACUGUUACCCGACGGGCAUCCGCAUCCCUCGAUGUGUCGCCGUACUUGCACGAAGACGACGAACCCAAUGUGGACACUGACACGGACGAACGCAUGUCGGCGUUCACAACAUGUUCUUCGUUCUCUUCGUGGGAUUCCGCCACCAAUGACCUUAUGGGAGAUAUGGAGAUCUUUUGUGCGCGCGACUCGUAUUCAGCUGAAAGCCGGCUCUCAGACCUGGUCAAAUUGGAGCAAAUCCUCGUGUCGCCUCCCCGAAUCCGCGCACGGACGCUGUCGUGGAGUCCGCAUGCGACGUUGGCCGAGACGACGAGCUCUGUGGCGUCGAAUAUCUUACGGCGGCGGCGAUCCGAUCUGUCAGGGAGCGAACAAAAACUUGUGGGUGUGUUGGACGAGUUUCUGGAAUGCAUGAAGCGCGUCUACGACGAUCGGUGCUUGAAGGUCAUGCCUCCGCGCCGCGUGGAAGUGGACUUGGAGAGCAUGCUGCAUACAAUCGAGACGGCGCGGCGGCAGUCGCGGGCAGAUGCUGCGACGAUGGAAGCGGCCGACGAAAUGGUCCGCAUGAUCCAUCACGUGAUGGAAGACGUCCGUGGGUUGCAUCAUUUCGGACACAAGGGCGAGGUGGAAUAUGUUACGUUGUAAAUGUAACGGUAUUAGUGUGGAAAUGUAACCGAUUUUUGGAAUACAUUAAGUUAUAAGUGU